UAACAUAAUGGGGAAGGCGACGCCCGUGGUCGCGUUUGUGUGUGUAAAUAAGCCAGAAUUAUCUGGUUUGGUGAUGGUGCACAUGUAGUUGGGCCUGGCUUUACGUUCUUCAGUUAACAGUGUAGCGUUUUGUUAACAAAUUGUUUUAAAAUGAAGAAAGUGGGGUACUGGAUGACGGAAAAGAAGCUGAAGAAAUUGGAUUUUCAUUCGAUAUUCAGCGCCAUGUGCAGGGCAAAAGGCAUUGAACUUGUUAAGAUCGACCUCCUGCAGUCUUUGGAGAGCCAGGGCCCUUUCAGUGCAAUCAUCCAUAAGUUGACUGAUGUCCUCAGUUUUGCCGCUGAUGGAGACAAGAAGUCACAAGAGAUGAUCGACAAUCUAACGAAGUACACCAAAGACCAUCCCACUGUUCCCAUCGUGGAUCCCAUUGACCGGGUCUGUAAGCUGAUGGACCGGAAUGCCAGCUACCUGUUGUUUCAAAACUCCUUCCAAAACAGUUCAGGUACCCUUCACUGCCAGCAUGACUGUCUGUGUGUGUCUUGUCAUAAGAAGGUCAGGUUAGAUGGGUCUGUGGAGUGUUGUACUGGUACCCUUCAUGUCAAGGACUUUUGUAAGGCUUCAAAGGCUCAUGGUUCCAUCAAAUCACAUGAGAUGGCCAUUGUUUUCAACGAUGAAGGCCUGAAGGACAUUGAACCACCUUGUGUCGCCCAGACAUUCAUCAACCACAAUGCCCAGAUGUUUAAAACCUUCAUCAUCAACGAUGAUUUUGUCGUCGUUAAACGGCCAUCAAUAAAAAACUUUGUGCAUAUAGAACCGGAUCAAAAGACGAUAUUCUUCCAUAGUCAUGAUGUUUCCAAACCUCAUUCAUCUUCUUUCCUGAAUGAGCUGGACAAGAUUGACCAGAUCCGUGAGCCAGUACUACCCUCCAAUGAAAUACUAGAGGACCUUGUAGCAGCAGUCACCCGAUCACUGGAACUGUCCCUGUUUGGAUUUGAUGUUAUCGUAGAGAACGACACCGGGAUGCAUUACGUGAUCGACAUCAAUGCAUUCCCAGGCUAUGACGGGGUGCCCCAGUUCUACGAGAAACUGCUGGAGUACGUCCAGCGAAUCAUCAGCGCGCCGGACUCCAACAGCGUGGGCGCCAACCACCUCAUGGAGAAGAACAACAGGACGAAAGCUGACGAGAGCCCCAACCACACCUUGAAGGAUGGCUGGCGGAAAGGCAGGAGUCGAAAGCGGCCCUUCCCUGCCGACCUGGAUGGUGUGAUCACAAACGGAAACAGUCAACCGAGCAAGUGUCUCGCUAAAUGAAACCAGCCAAUUUUAAUAAGUAGUCCCCAUGGAAAAUGUAACUAGUCUGUAAGAUAAUUUGAUUUAGAGCAAACGGCAAUAAUAUAUCAUGCUUUAAUUUUUUUAUUACGUCAAUCAACUGCGGUACUAGUUAUAUUGAUCUCUUUGGUUUAUCUGUAACUCCUUUAAUCUGAUGACAGUCAAUAGAAUUUCCAUUCUGAACAUUUUGUAGCCUUGCCAGGAAUUUAACUGUUCCCUCUCUCACAACGUUUUCUCAUACUAUUAAAUGGAGGGAAGAUGGGAAUUGUUCAAUAUAACAAUGUAGUCCCUGGCGUAGUCAACCAGCCCACUGCAGACAGCAGGUAGAAUGAUUGAACAUUGUUGUCAAUGUAGAAGGGAUCCUUGAUACUGAUUAUUUGCAGUCAUGCCGAGAGAGACAUUGUGAUUGUUAGUUUAAUAGCAAGCAUGCAGUUAAUAGUGUUGAAGUCAAUUGCAUUGUCGACCUCGUGAAGUCGUUACAAGUCCAUCACGAGCCAUGCGGUCCAAACUCUGAAGCCAAGUCUCAGUCUUCAAAUGAACUGUGACAAAAGCAUGUCUUUGUUCACUCUGCUACUUGGUACUGGACCUGUGGUCGGAUUUCCAAUGGGCUUGACUCAAACUCCGGCCUCAAGUGGCCAUUUCAACAAUGCGAAUGGAGGUAACCUUGGCCUAGCCUACUCUACAUGGCAUUGCAGGUAGAUCCAUGCCAGAUGGUAUAUGUUCAUCACAUCUGUUAGACAUUGUGGCACUAGAUGGCCCUGUAUGCAUUUUUGAAACACUUUUUUAAUCUGAGAAGGAAGAUGCACACAAGUCAAUCAAAAAUCAUGAGUCAGAGUAAACAGAUGAGAUCAGAAGUGACGGGUUGGACAGUGACAUAGGAAUGACAUUGUCACUGUCAUUUGAAAAUGUUUUGUGAUGUGAGACUUUAUUAGUAUGACUAAAUCACUACAGUACCCAAACGGCACAGAAUGUUAUUCCCAUCCAGCAGUCCAUGAUCAUGCCGAACCAUUCCAUAUCUUGUGCCAGGCACGUCUUUACACUUUCAUUCCUUUUUUUACAAUAAUUUUCCUACAAUAUUUCAUUAGUGGGGUAAGUUUUUGAAUAUCCCCCAGACCAUUUGCUUCUUUUUUUCUUCUUUCUUUGCGUUUUUUUUUCAAAGUUGUGUUCAACAGAUGGAAGUUAAAUUCUAAAACUUCACUUGGACAGUAACUGUGCAAACAAUUUGAAAUUGAAAAUAGUUUGUUCUCGGACAGCAAACAUUUUUCAUGAACAUUGGUUUUGGUGAUUGUUCUUCCAGAAUCCUAAGAUGUAUACUGUGCCUUGUUUCUUUUCAUAUCUUGCUGCUUUUGUCAUGCACCUUUUCUCAUUUUUAAGUUGAAAUUUUUUUUUUUAUAAUGUGCUUUCGUUGCUGGAUUCCAUCCUAAAGUUCUUACAGAAAAAUCCCAUUCAGAAAUUUAUACAGCUUGACAAUUGCUCAUUAAAUUAAAUCAGGUGAAUUCGUGAUUGAUACAGGUGUCCAGACAGCCAUGCAAAAGCCCAGAAUUUGGUUUCAUUCUUCUAAGCUGUUCGUGCCAUAUUGUAAAAACCCUUUUUUCCCCCUUAGUUCAGUUUCUACUUUUAUUUGGUUUUUUUUGGUUGUGGGUUUUUACUCUCUGAAAUUUCAAGUAUGCUCAUUUCGUUUUUUUUCUCCUGGAGGCUCAAAAUUGUGAGCAGAUGUUUGAUCUUUGUCAAAACAGCUGUCAGCAUUGAUCUAAUGUUGACUUGGUAAAAUUUCUAAAGUACGUGUACUUCAUAGAGUACCAAAGUGAAUAUGUCAUGUGCAGAAUUAUUUGUGAACCCUUCGUUUUGCACAACACUUCCUGGUUCAAAUGAUGUCACGUUUCGAUACUCUAUAGCAUUAUUUUAUUAGUCAUUUUAAGACUGAUAACUGAAGGUUUAUAGACGUGUAGGAAAAAAGGCUGGGUGUAGGAAGCGAGAUAGAUUGACAUCUGCUUGAUUCUGACAACUGGACAGCUUCGGAAGUUUAAAGCUGUGUUCAAAACUGAACAUUUACGGGCAUUCUAAACAUUUUUGUUUUGUUUUUUAGAUGAUCCCUUACCAUGAGUAUAUCCUAGAUUUUCUGCCUUUCAAAGUCUUUCAGAUUUCCAGCUGAUCUCAAAACGAUGAAAUGACCUGCAUUCGGUUGAUUGUCUUGUCUUUAAUUUAUUCCUCGUUUGGAUGAGUUCAUACUUAAACAAUUGCGUUACUGAUGGUGCUUUUUCUACCUGUAUAAGUUGUAACAAUAAAGACAAGAGGAUUCCUUUGUCUUUUGUAAUUGUAGACAUGAAGUGUUUUGCUAAAGUGAGGUCACCCUGAAAUUCACUUGUGUGGUAAAUGACAGUCUUUCGGGGUACAUUCCUUAAAAAUGUAAGGAAAUGGUUUCAGAUAAAAGGUAGCUUUUUACUGAGAAAUACCGAACCGUUUUUGUGAAGUUGGGUAGUGAGAGAGUUGAAAACUGCAGUAUAACUUGUAGAAAUUCUUGUGGUGAGGAGCAUACCAAGUUGUAGAACAGAGGUUGGCGAAGAUCUGAUGAAAUAUCAUCAAAUGUUGCCAUAAUUCCCUGCUGUAUGAUUUUUAUCAUUAACCCGCCUACGAGACUGCAUCAAGUACCUCAGAAAAGAAUCUGUUCACAGUCGUUGUCACAUGUUCUAACUCCAUUUAUGUGCACGUUAUGAACAUGUUCUGAAUAGCCUACUUAAUUCUGAAUUCGCACACAUCACUGUGUUGACAUUUUCCAAUAUCUCUUGCCUCAAGAUUUUCACUUGUGUUGCAGAUAGAUGCAAUUUUAAGCUGUUGAAGUUUGGAAUUUACACUUGACGGGUUCUCAUUAACAAGUGAGUACUGAACUGGUAAAUUCCCAAAAGACCUACAUGCAUGCUUGUGAUUAUGCACUCAACGAUGCCCAUAGGUUUCUACUGAAUAAUUUGGGGGAAUAUUAUCACAAGCAUUGGCUUGUGGCUUUGCACAAAAACGACGACAAUCAUUCCACCUGUGGUCAUUGUGCAUCCCCGCAAUGUACGGAGAAAAAUUUUAGCUGUAAUACAGUUACAGUGGAAAUAGAUGCUUGUGAACUACAGAGCUCAAAUGACUACUAAGGUGUCAUCGAGUUACAAGGCAAGACACUCUCAUGUCCCAACUGUCAAAUUCCAAACCCUCAUGGUACUACCUCCAAUUUAAGAAAACUUUGGGUCUUUUAUUUGUAGGGGUGUGACUACUGGCUUUUGAUAAAUGAGUUGAAUGUGUAAAAAGCCUUGAGGCAUAUUUGAAUUGUUUUCAACAUACAACUGAACAUGCCAGAAGUUGGACGAGUCAUUGUAAAUGUGACAAUAUCAUGUAUUGUUAUAGUUCAGUUGCACAAACAUAACUUUUUGUUUGACAGACAUUUUGUGCAAGUGACUUGUAUUGAGAAAAACAACCCUGGCUAUCAGUAGGUUUAAGAGCACAUCAUUGUACCCAUAGAUGUUCCUGUUUUAUCCAAUUUUAAUUUAGUUUUACAUGGUUGAAUUUUUCAGUCCAAAUUACAACUCACGUUGUUUAACUUCCUUUUGAUUGGCCAAUAUUGCAAGGAUAAAGAUUGCACACAGAAGGAUCACAGUAGCUAUAACACAAAGACAGGACUGUCUUCUGAAAAAAAAUUGUUGGUGGCAGCAACUACAGUUCUUGCAAGGCGAGUGGGGCUGCAGGACUGUUCCUCAAAUCAGAACUUGGAGGCAAAAGUAACAGUUAAGCUUCAUCACCUAUUGACAGGAUUCUAAAUGUAGGUACUGCUUCCAUUGAGCAUUGUUCUGUGCCCCCCAGGACAACACCUACAGUGAAAGCAACAAACGAUAACCUGCAUGGUUAAACGACAAAGAAACUGGUGUCGCUCUUGAUCAAUUAUUUGAUUAAAUCUUUUAAUUUGUUACUGAUGAAGUACUAUAAAUAAACAAACCAAAGUACUUUA